AUCAUCUGGAAAAUAGUUUUGUCUCGACUUUCAAUACCUAUACUGCUCUUGGAAUGGUUCUUGCGGGAUGUGAAGGAAAUACAAAAGCUGAAAUGAUUAGGGCAAUGCAGUUAUCCAACCACUUGAAACUCGACAUAAUUCACAAUCGCAUCGGUGAAAUGCUGUCAAAAUGUUCUAAAGCUGACAGAGGUGUUGAAAUAAUCCUUGGGAAUAGGCUGUUUGCAAGAAAGAAUAUGGACAUUAAAAAACAUUUCAAGAAAACCCUAAAGAAAUAUUACAACGCACUUGUGGAAAAUGUAGUAUUUCAAACAGAUCCAGAGAGUGCUGAAACACGAAUCAACCAGUGGGUUAGUGAACAGGCCGAUGGGAAGGUUCAACAACUCCUUCCUUCAAAACUUUUACAAAAUGAUACUUCGGCCGUCGUGAUAUCAACUACAUACUUCAGAGGUAUGUGGAAUCUGCCUUUUCUUCCGAAUGCAUCAAUUGACAGUGAUUUCUAUACACUGGACGGAUUGACGAUCAACGUGAGGUUGAUGUAUAACGAGUCUUUUUUCGGUAUGACCAGUUUACCUCACUUUAUGGCACGAGCAGUAAAGAUUCCGUUCAAAGAUCCUAAGU